GUUAGUUUAUUUGGUAACUCAUAACGAUGCACACGCACUUUUAGCAUAAGCACGACGUUCGGUUAUUAUGCACAGUUGGUGAAAACACUUCGCGUUCACGUACUUUUGUUGGAUAUUUGUGUGUUUGUUGUGUUUAGACCGCACCAUGGCUUUAAAUACGCUUCAGUUUAUGGUUAUUCUGGUCGGUUUGGCAGCCUUGGCAUCGGCGAAGCCCAUUAUGGUGACGUUCGGAACGAAACAAGGUCCCAUUGUGCCGAGACAGAAGUCAACAGCCUUCCAGCCUCGCAACCUUGCGGCCAGAAGUCCCGCUCCGGUGUCGGAGGAGCGAGAGGACGUGCCCAAUCCCCAAACUUACACCCCUUUAGUGCCUCACCAGUACAGAACUAAGCUGUUGUCCGUCAAGGUGCCCAGCAAUUUGAUUUUGGGCACGCCUCUGGACCAGAAGUUCACCCCCAGCUUGCAGAAGUACAACAUCCAAAAGAAGCAGGCGCAGGGCAGGAGUCUAGGCCCGGAUUACACCGGACCUCACAUUUUCGAGAGACAGGACUACGAAUUCUUGGAUGCUCCGCAGAAGACGACGCUUCAACCCUCAUUCAGAUACGACAGGCCACAUUAUUAUCAACAGAUUGAAAACAAUUACAACUUACAACAGGAUAAUCAAAGAUACGUGCCUCAAAUUGGCAUCGUCUAUUCCGGUGGUGUAAGAUAUUACGUUCCUCAGUUGAUUCCACAGCAGCAGCGUGAGCAACAAAUUCAGGAACAGAAGGAGCAAAACUCGGUCUACGAUCACUCAAACGAAAAAGUCACUUAUUAAAUUUAAAUAAUUAAGGGUAUGGAACUGAUUUUAGACCACUUAGUUGAUUUAAUUUAUGACAUACAUCUGAAAUAGUUUUCUUCAACCAAUACCCUUAAGUAAAAGCUGUGCCAAUACAACAUUGUAAGAAAAUUUCCUUAUGUUUUAAUUUGUUUAAAAAUUCUUGUCGUGUCAUAUUUUUAUGAUACCAAAUAUGUAUAUACUGUAUUAGAUCUAAGAUAUUGUAACCCCAAUGAAGUUUAAUAAUUAAUGAGAAAAAGUAUUAUUAAAGAGUCACCUUUGUAUAGUUAGUAGUAUUUUUUUUAUUAAGGAAAUUGCUUCUUUUUAAUAAAUGACAACAAAAUAUAAAAUGUAAAUUUGUAUAAAAAAUAAAAAGUACUUAAUUAUUAA